AUGCCCCUCCCAUCCAACAGAGACCUCGCCCUAUCCACGAGCUCAGAUGUCGUCCUCGCAAGCGCCAUCGUCUGGAUCUUCGCGAGACUGCUUCACCCCAGACCCGCCUUGAUCGUGGCCCUCUGGGUCUUGAUGACUUACGCCUUGGACCUUGUCGACGUUUACGAUGGUGCCAAAGAGUUUGGUGCUUUGGCUACGAUUAUUACGAUUGGUAUACGAGACAAACGUGAAGCAUUGGGUGAAUUCGAAUACGUUAUAGCGGCUUUUUCGUGGGAGGAUAAUAUGAUUCAGCGAGGAAAGGGGGGGUGGGUAGGAGAACCGUGGGCUGUCAUCGAGGGUGUCAUAUUGUGGUCAAAUCAAUCAAAAGAGCAAUGGUUGAUGGACUAUGUUUGCAGGAAUGAUAAUGCUGUAUCCAGAUCAAGUCUCAAUUCGCCACAUAUCUCGUCUGUGCAAUGUCCCUCGUAUUCCCAAUCAAUUAAUUGA